AUGUAUGUGAAAUGGUUUGAUACAGUAAUGUUUUACUAUGUGAUUUUAGUGUAUUUAGUGAAUGUCACUUUUUGUCAUUUUCAAAUUUCCCGCCGUUCUGUCCUCGAAUGUCCCGACGUCGCAGGGGACGGAACCCAGGAGACAGAUGCCGGCAUCCGCCGGAGGACAAUACAGGGGACACUGCAGGAGGGACAUCGUGGGAGCGCAGGACAAGGUAAGAGAAGAACAGAUCUUGGAGCAGCGCCGCAUGGUAAGCCCGAGUGUAGCUCGGGGUUACCACUUGUGCUACACUCGGGAAAUACCGCCAGGGAGGCU